AUUUUUAAAAGAUGUGGAACUUUAAAAUAUCUGGGAUAUUGCAGCUUUCACUUUGAAGAGGUUUUUCAAUUACAUGAUAAGAUGCUAAAAUGUAUUAAUAAAAAUACAAUAAUUGAGAUUGGUCUCACACAAAGCAAUAAAAAAAUAUUAUCUAAACUUCGAGAUAAAAAUAUAGAGAAUGUGGUUUUUUCUUUUCUUAAUAAUUAUAUUGAUCUUGAUCAUAUUGAUUUGAG